AUGAAGAUGGUGUCAGCAGGAACAGGUAAGUAAAGGGAUAGAGAGAUUUUAAUGAUGAGGGAAGUGAGAGAGAAAGUGAAAAAUAGAAGUGAGAACAUUAGCAGGAGAAUAGGUGCUGUGUUUUUAAGAGCUGUGGUUAGGAGGGUUAAGGGUUAAAGAGGUAUUGUGUGAGUAUAGCUAUUUUUGGGUGUGGGGGGCUUGGUGGACAGAGGCUAACAUAAUUGGUUUAACAGGUAAGGUAGGUAAUUUGAACUAUCUAUAAAUGUAGUGAUAACCAUGGGGAGGGUGGGAAGCGAUCAUCCAGAAAUGCUACCUCUGCUUAUGGCAAGUCCUGCAGGGUUGUGUGCUGGGAGUCCUGGGUGUAGCUGAUUCAAUAUUGUAUGGGGCCCAGGCUCUGCUUAUGGCAAGUCAAGGGCUUUGUGUGCUGGGAGUCCUGGGUGUAGCUGAUUCAAUAUUGUAUGGGGCCCAGAGCUCUGCUUAUAGCAGAAUCCUGCAGGGUUGUGUGCUGGGAGUCCUGGGUGUGGCCCCUGUUCAAUGUUGUAUGGGGCCCAAGGCUCUUAGCAUGGCAAGUCCUGCAGGGUUGUGUGUGCUGGGAGUCCUGGGUGUAGCUGAUUCAAUAUGUGUAUGGGGCCCAGGCUCUGCUUAUGGCAAGUCCUGCAGGGUGUGUGCUGGGAGUCCUGGGUGUAGCUGAUUCAAUGACAUGGGGCCCAGGCUCUGCUUAUGGCAAGUCCUGCAGGGUUGUGUGUUGGGAGUCCUGGGUGUAGCUGUUCCAAUAUUGUAUGGGGCCCAGGCUCUGCUUAUGGCAAGUCCUGCAGGGUUGUGUGCUGUGAGUCCUGGGUGUAGCUGUUUCAAUAUUGUAUGGGGCCCAGGCUCUGCUUAUGGCAAGUUCUGCAGGGUUGUGUGCUGGGGAAUCCUGGGUGUAGCUGAUUCAAUGUUGUAUGGGGCCCAGGCUCUGCUUAUGGCAAAUCCUGCAGGUUUUUGCUGGGAGUCCUACAGGUGUAGCUGAUUCAAUGUGUAUGGGAAUUCAGGCUCUGCUUAUGUUGAAGUCCUGCAGGGGUUGUGUGCUGGAGUCCUGGGUGUAGCUGAUUCAAUAUUGUAUGGGGCCCAGGCUCUGCUUGUGAAUCCUGCAGGGUUGUGUGCUUUCAGGUCUGGGUGUGGCUGAUUCAAUGGGGCCCAGGCUCUGUAUGGCAGAAUCCUGCAGGGUUGUGUGCUGGGGUCCUGGGUGUGGCUGAUUCAAUAUUGUAUGGGGCCCAGGCUCUGCUUAUGAUCCUGCAGGGGUUGUGUGCUAGAGUCCUGGGUGUAGCUGAUUCAAUAUUGUAUGGGGCCCAGGCUCUGCUUAUGGCAAGUCCUGCAGGGUUGUGUGCUGGGAGUCCUGGGUGUGGCUGAUUCAAUAUUGUAUGGGGCCCAGGCUCUGCUUAUGGCAAGUCCUGCAGGGUUGUGUGCUGGGAGUCCUGGGUGUAGCUGAUUCAAUAUUGUAUGGAGCCCAGGCUCUGCUUAUGGUAAGUCCUGCAGGGUUGUGUGCUGGGAGUCCUGGGUGUAGCUGAUUCAAUAUUGUAUGGGGCCCAAGCUCUGCUUAUGGCAAGUCCUGCAGGGUUGUGUGUAGAACAGGUGUAACUGAUUCAAUAUUGUAUGGGGCCCAGGCUCUGCUUGUAGCAAGUCCUGCAGGGUUGGGUGCCUGGGAGUCCUGGGUGUAGCUGAUUCAAUAUUGUAUGGGGCCCAGGCUCUGCUAUGUAAGAAUCCUGCAGGUUGUGUGCUGGGAGUCCUGGGUGUAGUUGAUUCAAUGUGUAUGGGGCCCAGGCUCUGCUUAUAGCCAGAAUCCUGCAGGGUUGGGUGCUAAGGAGUCCUGGGUGUAGUUGAUUCAGCUAUUGUAGCCUGGGGCCCAGGCUCUGCUUAUAGCAAGUCCUGCAGGGUUGGUGCUCAGGUCCUGGGUCAGCAACUGAUUCAAUAUUGCUUAUGGGGCCCAGGCUCUAUGUAGAAUCCUGCAGGGUUGGGUGCUGGGGUCCUGGGUGUAGCUGAUUCCAAUAUUGCUUGGGGCCAGGCUCUGCUUGCCGUCCUGCAGGGUUGUGUGCUGGGAGUCCUGGGUGUAGUUGAUUCAAUAUUGUAUGGGGCCCAGGCUCUGCUUAUGGCAAGUCCUGCAGGGUUGUGUGCUGGGAGUCCUGGGUGUAGCUGAUUCAAUAUUGUAUGGGGCCCAGGCUCUGCUUAUGGUAAGUCCUGCAGGGUUGUGUGCUGGGAGUCCUGGGUGUAGCUGAUUCAAUAUUGUAUGGGGCCCAAGCUCUGCUUAUGGCAAGUCCUGCAGGGUUGUGUGCUGGGAGUCCUGGGUGUAGUUGAUUCAAUAUUGUAUGGGGCCCAGGCUCUGCUUAUGGCAAGUCCUGCAGGGUUGUGUGCUGGGAGUCCUGGGUGUAGUUGAUUCAAUAUUGUAUGGGGCCCAGGCUCUGCUUAUGGCAAGUCCUGCAGGGUUGUGUGCUGGGAGUCCUGGGUGUAGCUGAUUCAAUAUUGUAUGGGGCCCAGGCUCUGCUUAUGGCAAGUCCUGCAGUUUAUCAAAUCAGUAUUAAGUCACAGUUAAUGGUGUGACUCGCUGCCUAUGAAAGAGCAUUGCGUACAUUGAGAAGUGGACCUUGUGUUAACCCAACCUUUGGAAGAACCAUCUAUGUUUGGAGUUCAAUCUCCUCAGCUGUCUGUUAUACCAAUAGGCAACAAAUGUUUCCUUUUGUUAUAAGCAUCAUAGGUUAUCAAAUGACUUUCAUUAAUAAAAUGGUAAUUAGCAAAAAUUAUGGAUUUAUUUAUUGAUAUUUUAAAUUAAACAAAAUACAAUUUUUACUGUGCGGAUAUCGUCUUUCUAAACAUUGAUCGGCUGACAACUUCUCUCGGUUAAACUGAAUUACAUUGUAAGAGGGUGACCUUUGAGCUAAAAUCUCUGAUUUCUUUUAUAAAGGGCUAGAAAACACCUUUGAAACAUUGACUUUGAGAUAUGAAAAUAUAUCCAACCCAUGGAGUCCAGGUGACUACAUUGUCCAGUCGAAGUUGGUCCAUACUCAGAGAAACACAGAGAAGCAAGCUGCCUUCAGAUUUGGGUUGCCAUUACCAAGACACCUAAACUUCCAAAAUCCAAACAAGAAGAACAAAUGGGGACACGCAAGGAGUUACCGAAUCCAGUACAACUCACACGCAGACAGCGUACUACCCCGAAACUGGAAAGAGGAAAAGGGCGUGUCCUGGUCAAGGUAUAUACCCAGUCAAGGACAAUUAUUACUGGUUAGAACGUCAUGGAAGUGAGCAAACAGAUCAAAGAUGUAAUACACACACUCAUAAGGUGGAGCUAUAGAAAUACUUCCCUUUCUUCUUAAUACAAUCAAAAAUGCUGAAACAGAAACAAAGGGAGCAAGUGUGUGACAGUGAGCUUGUCUCUAGCACGCAUUUGUUUGUCAUUGAGCUUGUCUGUAGUGAGCAUGUGUGUGACAGUGAGCUUGUCUCUAGCACGCAUUUGUUUGUCAUUGAGCUUGUCUGUAGUGAGCAUGUGUGUGUCAGUGAGCUUGUCUGUACUGAGUAUGUAUAUGACAGUGAGCUUGUCUGUUGUGAGCUUGUGUGUGUCAGUGAGCUUGUCUGUAGUGAGCAUGUGUGUGUCAGUGAGCUUGUCUGUACUGAGUAUGUAUAUGACAGUGAGCUUGUCUGUUGUGAGCUUGUGUGUGUCAGUGAGCUUGUCUGUAGUGAGCAUGUGUGUCAGCAGGUUUGUCUGUAGUGAGCAUGUAUGUGUGUCAGUGAGCAUGUCUAUAGUGAGCAUGUGUGUGAAAGUGGAGUUGCCUGUAGUGAGUAUAUGUGUAACAGUAAGCUUGUCAUUAGUAAGCAUGAGUGUGUGUCAGUGAGUUUGUCUGUAAUGAGCAUGUGUGUGUCAGAGAGUUUGUCUGUAGUGAGCAUGUGUGUGACAGCUUGUCUUUCCUGAGGAUGUGUGUGUCAGUGAGCUAGUGCUGGUCUGUAGUGCGUAUGUGUAUGUGAGUUUGUUUGUAGUGAGCAUGCAUGUUUGUACUAUUGAGCUUUUCUGUACUAAGUUUGUGCAUUUGUAUCAGUAAGCUUUUGUGUGUCAGUGAGCCUACUUGUUAGUAUCAGUAAGCUUAUGUAUAUCAAUAAGAUUGUCUUCCUGUGAACCUGUGUAUCAAUGAGCUUGUGUCAGUGAGGUUGUCUGUGUCUGCAUGUGAGUAUGCUUACUGUAUAAUUGAAAUUUCUACUCUGAAAGGACCAAUAUUUUGAAUUAGAAAAAGAAGCAUAACAAUAAUAUAUAUAAUAAAGCAUUCUUUUUUUAAUUGGAUGACCCAGAGUGCUGUUAUGGUUUGGAAAGAAUUGUACGUGUCUGUGUGUACACAUAUACACACACCCUUUUUUAAUACAUACCGGCACCCUGGGUCAGAAAAAAGUUCAAGUUUCAGUUCGUUACUGGACCAUUCACCAGCAUAAUAAAAAGACAACAAAGACUAUUUGAGGUACCAAUAAUGGAUAUAAAGGGCUAAUUUAGAGGAAUAUGUAAAGUAGACAAUGACUAUAAUGACAUUUAGUAUCUGACAUGCACUGUAUUGUCCACUAGAUACAGUUUGGCGGUCACACGUUACAGCGACAUGGAGAUGAGAAGCAGUGAUAUUUUCCUUCAAUGUGAGCCGUGGGACCCCUACGUGUACUUUGAGAGCUUUGUAAGGAAUAAUGAAGAUAUCGUUAACAAGGUAAAUAAUAGUGUAUCUGAUAUUACACUAUACAAGAGUUUCACCUUACUAUAUUAUCCCUAGUGGUGAUUAUCUCCAUGUUUGAGAUCAUGACCAGUAGCCCCUGUUCCCCCAGAUAUCACCACACUGCCCCUGCCCCCCCACCUACCACCACACUUCCCCUGCUCCCUCAGCUACCACCACACUACCCCUACCUACUACCACACUUCCCCUGCUCCCCUAGAUACCACCACACUGCCCCUGCCCCCCCACCUACCACCACAUACCUUUUCUUCGCUACAACCACACUGCCCCUACCCCCACCUACCACCACAUUGCCUCUGCCCCACUGCCCCCUGCCCCCAGCAACAACCACACUGCCCCCACCUACUCCACCACACUGCCCCUGCCCCAGCUUCUGCCCUGACCCCCGGCUACCAUCACACUGCCACUGCCCCUGCCCCCCCACUGCCCCUGCCCCCAGCCACCACUGCCCCCACCUGCACCACCUGCCUUACAGCUACCACCACCUGCCCCCACCUACCACCACACUGCUCCUGCCCCCACCACCACACUGCCCUGCUCCCCCAGCUAUCACCUGUACCCCUGCUCCCCCACCUACCACCACACACUGCCCCUGCUCCCCACCUACCACCACACUUCCCCUGCUCCCUAGCUUCCACCACACUGCCCCUGCCCCCCACCUACCACCACUGCCCUGCCCCUUUCCUGUGUCCCCAGCUACCACCACACUGCCCCUGCUCCCCACCUACCACCACACUGCCCCUGCUCCCCAAGCUCCCCCACCUACCACCACACUGCCCCUGUACCCUGCUCAGCCACCUACCACCACACUCCUGCUCCCCCACCUACCACCACACUGCCCCUGCUCCCCACCACCACUGCCCUGCCCCCCCUGCCCCGCACCUACCACUGUUCCCCAGCUACCACCACACUGCCUGCUCCCCACCUACCACCACACUGCCCCUGCUCCCAAGCUCCCCCCACCUACCACCACACUGCCCCUGCCACAAUACCCCUGCUCAGCCACCUACCACCACACCUCCCUGCUCCCCCACCUACCACCACACUGCCCUGCUCUCCCACCUACCACCACAAUACCCCUGCUCCCUACCACCACAAUACCCCUGCUCCCCCACCUACCACCAAUACCUGCUCCAGCCACCUACCACAACACACUGCCCCUGCUCCUCCACCUACCACCACAAUACCCCUGCUCCCCCACCUACCACAACACUGCCCCUGCUCCCCCACCUACCACCACACUGCCCCUGCUCCCCUACCUACCCCUUGUGUCCCCCCUCCAAGCAAAACCUCUGAACUGCUCACUGAGAACAUUUGUUCCCUUUUGAGAAAGAUGCAAACCAUCUUUUUUGUACAUUAUUUCCAUGACAUGCGCACAGUCCUUUUUUGCAUAUGUCCUUAACCAUAACCUUAGAACCCCCCAAUAAGACACUGACCCCAAUUUAAAGUGGAUAAAAUGUCAUGGCUUUAAUAAAUUAUGUAUAUAAAUAACAAAAAUGGGCCAUUUGCAGACAUUCCCAAUUUUCACAUAGACACAUAAUUCACCCCAACUUUAACAGUACUAUACCCACUGACAACAACCCAUAACAUAAUCUAACAAUAAUCCAAAUAACCAGAUAAUAACAUAACACAAAGCACGGCCACAACUGGCCUUACACUCCAAGUGUUUUAACAUUAUAGGGGCAUACCAAGAUACCCCUACAACCACCGACUUAACAUUGUUGGGGCAUACCAAGAUACCCCUACAGCCACCGGUUUAACAUUGUAAGGGCAUACCGAGAUACCCCUACACCCACCGACUUAACAUUGUUGGGGCAUACCAAGAUACCCCUACAGCCACCGGUUUAACAUUGUAAGGGCAUACUGAGACACCACUACACCCACCGACUUAACAUUGUUGGGGCAUAUCGAGAUACCCCUACACCCAGCGACUUAACAUUGUAAGGGCAUACCGAGAUACCCCUACACCCAGCGAUUUAACAUUAUAGGGGCAUACCAAGAUACCCCUACAGCCACCGGUUUAACAUUGUAAGGGCAUACCGAGACACCCCUACAGCCACUGGUUUAACAUUGUAAGGGCUUCAAAAGAAAGAUUCUGUCCCUUUGAUAAAAAUCUCGUGGAAAUUGAUAAUGUGUCUUGCAACAGGGGUAGGGGAAAUCAUGUUGUUAACAGAGUUGAUGUGCUGUAAGAUCCUUCGUCUGAAUUGUUGAAAAGUUUUGCCUAUAUAUUGGACACCGCAGCUGCACAUGAUUAAAUAGAUAAGUCGUGUGGUACUACAGUCCAGAGCAUUAGUAUCAACUUUGAUUUGGGUCUGUGUAGAUACGACCGUUUUUGAAGGUAAAACAUAUUGGCAUGCCUUGCAAUGGCCGCAUUUGGCCGUUCCUUUCACAGAAGAUAGCCAAUUGGUUGGUGGUGAAGGGAAUGUCAAAUGGCUAUGAACUAAUUGAUCAUAAAGAUUGGUCGGCGUGCUGUUAGCGAUGGAUGGUUUGGUAAGAUUUUGUUUAGCACUGGGUUAUGUAGGAGAAUUGGCCAGUUCCUAUGUAGGAUAGUGGUCAUAUUGUCCCAGCCUUGGUCAAAGGUGGCGAUACAGCGAGGUGCCUUAAGUUCUUGUGCUGGUCUCGAGGAUUGGAGACUGGAGUGUCUAGCUAUACCACACACUCGGUGAAAGGCCUGUUUUAGGACCCGGUUGGGGUAUCCCAAUUCCUUGAACCGUGACCUCAAAAUCUUGCAUUCGUUGUUAAAAGUUUGGUCAUGUGAGCAAUUGCGUCUCGCUCUAAGGUAUUGGCUGUAGGGAAUGGAAGCCUUUAAACGAUAUGGAUGGUGGCUCGUCCAGUGCAACAGGCUAUUGGUAGAUGUCUCCUUCCUGAACAAUUCAGUUUGGAUGGUCCUGUCUUGCUCGAGUAGGAUAUUUAAAUCCAGGAACACCAGUUCGUGUUCAUCAAUCACAUAUGUCAAUUUAAGAUUGAUGUCAUUGUCAUUCAACAUAGUGACAAAGUCUUCAAACACGGGGACAGAACCUGUCCACAGGAGCAGCAUGUCGUCAAUAUAUCUAUGCCAGCUCAGAAUGUAUUGAUGGAAACAGCUGAACUUUGUGGCAGUGACGACAUGCUGCUCCCACCACCCUAGAAAUAAAUUGGCAUAAGUGGGGGCACAAGCCGUCCCCAUAGCGGUACCAGAUAUUUGGAGAUAAAAGGCUCCGUUAAAUACAAAAUAGUUGUGUGUGUAAGGAUAAAUUCAAGGGCAGCUAGGAUGAAUUUCUUUUGUAGAUCAUUAUAUAAGGUAUUAUCAAGAAAAGAACUGCAAGCCCUUAGACCUAAGUGAUGGGGUAUGUUGGUAUAUAGAGAAACCACAUCAAGGCUUGCUAGCUGAGUGUACGGUGGAACGGUCAUAUCCUGUAAUGUAAGAAGGGUGGACUUUGUAUCUUGAAGGUACGAUGGUAAUUUGAGUACUAGAGGAUGUAGAAUCUUUUCUACAAAUUUACUCAGGGCUUCUGUAAGACAGUUAUUGCCAGAUACUAUAGGUCUACCGGGGGGGGACGGGUACCCUUGUGUAUUUUCGGGAGACAGUAAAAGGUGGCAAUAGUUGGAGUUUUAUUAGGUAAUAGAAAUUUGAGUUCGUCCUGGUUAAUGAUCUGUUGAUUGAGAGCAUCGUGCAAUAAAGUUUCCAGUUCAUUAACAUAGGUACUUGUAGGGUCUGAGGAAAGAAUUCUAUAGUAGGAGAUGUCAUUAAGAUGACACAGGCACAUAUCAACAUAUUCAGACCGUUUCAUGAGGACAAUGUUGCCACCUUUGUCAGCUGGUUUGACUAUAAGAUCAGUUUGCUGUUUGAAAUCUUGAAGAGCCUUACGCUCGGCAAAGCUCAAGUUGUCUAUGGUAUGGCUAGGCUUGUUAUUCAUUUCAAAUUCGUUCAGUGACAUUUGAAGGAAAAGGUCAAUAUGAGGAGUGUCUGUGAAGUUGGGGGUGAAAUAGCUUGGUGGCUUGAAAUCUGUCAAUGGUCUACUCGGAUCGUUUUCCUGUGCAAGACUGUCCAGAAUUUUAGACAUUUCAUAUUCCUGUAUAGUAAGGCCCAAAUCAUUUGCUGCAAUUUGAUCUUUUUUGGCGUGCAAAAUGUUGAGGGCAAGUUUUCUGCCAAAGAGAUUUAAAUCUUUGGACCAAUUGAAUUUGUUACAUUUGGGGGUAGGUACAAAGGAUAGUCCCUUGUUGAGUAGACUGAUAUGAUGUACUGAAAGCUGAAAGUCUGUGAGAUUAAUGAUUUUAUCUGGAAUUAAGUUCUUGGGGUCCGGUUUUGGGUCUUGUACGACCAUCGAUCCCUGUCUCUUAAACGUCCCCGUUGUUGGUAUGGUUGUUGCUGAUCUAAAAAAGGAUUUGAAGAGGGGACAGUUGAGGUAGAGUUGUUCGUGUCCCCUGAGAUGGGUAUAUCCAGAAAGGAAACUACCUUUUCAGGGUUCUUAAGGAUACUCUUAUUGGAGUUUGACUGUAAACUGGUGUCUUUUGUAUAUGUUCUGUUCCGUCUGUAAGGGGAUCUCCAUCUGUUCUGUGAUUGUUGGUCCUGGUCUGACCAGUCUGUUUCGGCAGAAGAGGAGCCCCUAUAGCUGUUUUUGCGUCUCGUAUUUUUGUUGGUUUGUCGGAAAAUGGUUCCACUUUUAAAAUCUUUGAAGUCUCUUUGAAAUUUGUUGUGUUUUUUGAUUUUUAGAUGGUGUCUAAAGUUGGUAAUGUUUUGUUGCAAUUUGAUUUCCAUAGGGGUAUACAGAUCAUCUGAUUUAUACUUUUUGAUGAGGGCAAUUGCUUUUAGUAGGGUUUUGGAGAUAACCUCUCUCCUUUCUACUCCAAACCCUACCACUACUAGAGUGUAUGCAGACUCUGGAACCUGUACAUAUAUUCCUUUAUCCUCACUCACUAGUAUUACCAAUUUUUGUUAAAUGUUUCCUCACAAUCCCCUUUUCUCCCUCUAUAUACGCCCUCAGCACCUACAGGUGGUCCUUUGGACAUGUCUAAUUUUGGACACCCACGAGAAUCACAUUAGAUCAAGAGAGGCAGUCUAUUUAGGAACGUCUUUUGUAUAAUACCAAUAAAGUAUCUUCUAGAUUUUUAUCAAAGGGACAGAAUCUCUUUCUUUUGAAUUUCUACUAUUUAGGGUUACCCCCUUAUUUUCUGUCUGUCAUAUGAAGAUAAUCUCGUUGCCAUUUUCUUCUUCUUUCUUCUUAACAUUAUAGGGGCAUACCGAGAUACCCCUACACCCACCGACUUUACAUUAUAGGGGCAUACCAAGAUUUUGUACACCCAGUGACUUAACAUUGUUGGGGCAUACCAAGAUACCCCUACAGCCACCGGUUUAACAUUGUAAGGGCAUACUGAGACACCACUACACCCACCGACUUAACAUUGUUGGGGCAUAUCAGUAGACCGGGUGAGGGGGGAGCAAUGAAGAUUUUUUGCACAGGGCGCCUAAAGGUCUAUGGCUGGCCCUGGCCAAACCAAUUAGUAAAUCAGACAGUAACACAACUAGAGCUCUGUGGGGUGGGGCAGCUUCUUUAAUUUUGGACAAUCUGACAAAUGUUACCAUUAGGAGAGCAACAGUUUUAAACCUACAAUUUACACAACACUGGCGUGAUGAUACCAUGCAUUUAAUGUUUUGGUUUUUUUAGGAUCUGGUCGCUUGGGUAACGGUGGGAUUCCUGCAUAUUCCCCACGCUGAGGACAUUCCCAACACUGCCACACCAGGGAAUUCUGUAGGUUUCUUACUCCGUCCAUACAACUUCUUUGACGAAGAUCCAUCGGUGGCUUCCAGGAACACGAUCAUCGUUAAACCUGCAAAGGAAGACUUUAGUGAAGUGAAGAUUCAGCGUUGGACUCCUGAAAUCCUUGGCAAUUGUGUUUCUCAAACACCGUUCCAUUAUAAUGGUACAUACUUUUCCGACUGA